AUCGGCCCAGCAGCUCCGGUCACCAGAGAGCCACCUUCAUCAUCACCUUCAUCAUCCUCCUGUAGAGGGUAAGACACACAUACCGUAUUUUCCGCACUAUAAGGCGCAUAGAAAUGUGAUUCAUAAAUAAACUUGAUUUUUUUAUCUAGCUCCGUUUUUACUUAAGAUAAUUCAAAUUGCUUUACAGAAAAAUAAAGAAACAGAGAUAAAAAUACUGAAAUUACAACAGUAAGUUGUGGAGACGACGGCUGAGACCAUUUUAGCAGAGAAAAUGAAAAGGUUGGACCUUUAAGGCCAGAACUAUUCAUACUUUCAUAUUUUUCCAGACAGCUUGUUGCUUCCCGUCCCGAGGAAAAUGAAUUGUUCCUAGAUCAGCUUCCAAACCUGCAUUUUCUUUAAAAUGUUUUAGAUAAUAAUCAGUAAAUAGGCAAAUUUUUUUGGUGAAUAACUUCACAGAAAAUCCAUAAGUAGAUGAAUUCUUGAAUACUAAACUGCAAAUAUUGUCGACUUAUGAAAUGUUUUGACUGAAGGAACUGCUGUAACGUUUACAGGAAAAAGGCAGCAUCAUGUUAUUACUGCACUAAAGAAAAUAGAUCAUCAUGAAAGAGCAUUAUGUGGAAAUUAAUGGGCCUCCAGAUGGAAAAAUGGUGGCUUAUGGACAGAAAGUUCAAUGUUUUGGUGUGAAAAUCCCAAAUGGCUGAUCUCAGUCUGACAGGAUGUUAGUGGAGCUGAAAUGAUGAUGAGGAGGAAAACAAAACGUUCAACUGGUUAAAUUACAGAAACCUCUGAAUUUAAAGGAGGCAGAAAAAAAACUAUUUGCUAUUUAUACCAGAAACGUGAAACAGGAAAAGUUUAGUCCAGUUUAAUGACUAGAAAACACAGUUCAGUUUGUUUUUAUGCAGUGUAAAUAAAUAUGUAGUUAUAAAGCACAUUUUAUAAAAUUCACCAGUAUCUACACUAAAAAUAUUAAAUGUUAAUUAAUAUAUUAUUUUUAAACAUUGUACUCGACUAAUUGGAAAUACUGGUAAAGUUUUAGCUGAAGAUUCCAGAAAUAUACACACCGGUUUGUGUUUCUGUAAUAUGGAUUCAUGAGUUUAAUUCAGCGACUCUAAAACUUUUCAUUUUAAUAUUCUAAUUCUUAUUUCUUUCCUUUUGAUUUACUUGUCUAUGACGGUGUCUCUUAAGAUGGAAAAGUAGGAGAUUUUUCACGUCCUGCUUGGUUUAUUUCAUGUUCAGCACCACAAGAAUAAAGAAAUAAAAGAUAAUAGGAGUAAAAAAGAACCACAGCUGAGAGAACCAGUGGCGCAUAAAUCAAAUUUUAUUAUUUUAUUUUUAUUUAGCUGCUUAUCUGCUCACAUACAUAGAACUACAGGAACACAGCAGAAUAAAACCUGCUAGAAAACGAUAAAUUAAGUCUAUUGCGUGGUAUUUUUUCAAUCUAUGACUUUUUUCCCUUUUCUUGUUUUUAAUAUGUGAUUUUAAAGGCCUGUUUGCUGCCAUCAGUUCUGUUCAUAAUUUACUAAAAACUCUCAAAUGAAUAAAUAUAUUUCAUAUUUAGUCCAACCGAGCUGAAGUUUCUGACCUCAGACGCUGGAAGAAGAAAAAUCAAGCUUGAUUCACCGGCUGCAGUAGCUCUACAGCGCCCUCUGCAGGUCACUUAUGGACACAGCAGCUCUAAACUGCUCUGUAAAUAAUAAAGUCAAACAAAAAUAAAAAAUAAACCCACGUAGGAAUUCACCGAUUAGAUUGAUGAUUUUAUAAGGUAAUGUUUAGCUUCCCUGUUUUCACCUGAGAUAAAAACACAGUCCGCAGUGCUGACGUCAUCGCUCAGGUAAACAAGCCAGCCUCCACCUGUGGGUGCGGCUUCUGUCAAGCCCUGAAAACUGUUGGGCUGUUUCGGCAAUAGCCAGUUUAUUUCACCCCCCCCCGCCCCCCCUCCCACACACACACGCACACACUAUGCUGCCUUCACUAAACCACGGAGAAACCAGUUCCUCCUUUAAAGUUCCUCCUUCAGGAGCCUAAAGGAGAGGAAAUGUAGAGAAAUCGAUUAUAUUGAGUUAUUUUUACAACAAAUAAAGAUUAUUUACAGUCUGGUGACUCAUUAAACUGAAGUGCAUAAGUUUAUUAGGGAGUUAAUUGUAUUUUCUUCUAUUUAAAGAGUUAAACUGUGAAAAAUGAUAAAAGUCUUUUAUUCAUUACUGACUUUAUCUCUGUUAUCUCAGUUAUUGUGGAGGUGAAAUACUUUUUAAAAAAGAUUUUUCAGAUUUCUUUAGUCAGUGUAACUUCAGAGCUUUGAGCGGACAGUGAACGCAGCAGAAGCUCCGCCCCCUCGGCAGGUGUACUCUACACCUUGUCGGGCUGGUUUCAUCAGGCGGAGACAAAUAGUUGCAGAAAGGAUGGCUCGCCUCGCGCUUUUCCUCCUCCUGGUUUGGACAGGAUCCCAGCUGGCUGGAGCUUUAGUCUUUGAGAUCCACAUCCGGGUGGUGGAAGGUCAGGCCGUCACGCUGCCGUGCCGCGCUCCCAACAUGGUGGACCCCAUCAAAUACCUGGAGUGGAGCCGACCCGACCAGAAGAUGUCCUACAUCAUCCUGUACCGAGACCAGCACUUCUACCCGGACUUCCAGGACCGGGCCUUCCGGAAACGAGCCGACCUGCUGGACAAGGAGAUGAAGGAGGGCCAGGUGUCUCUGGUGCUGAGGAACACCUCGGCGGCCGACAACGGCGUGUACGAGUGCCGGGUGGUGCAGGCGGUGCAGGCGAUGGGGAACCGCCAGAAGAGAUCGGUUCUGAUCGCUGAGCCCAACAUGGUCAUCAAGCUGAGAGUCAGUCCACAAAAUCAAAUCCAUGACGACGACGCCGCAGCCGACGCCGACGCCGCCUGGCUGAACCGCAGGAGGAACCAGGAUGAAGACGGUGAUGAUGAUGACGACGUCCAGCAGUAUCUGGCCUUCCUGCUGCCGGUCGUCGCCGUGACGGUUCCUCUGCUGGUGCUGACCACAUGCAAGUUGUUCAGAUCUUUUCUGAUGAGCUACAGACCAGUCUCCAAGUGAUCCGAGGGACGAAGAACCAGGAGGAAAUGCUACUGACAACUUCCUGUUGGCUGUGGAGAGGAACGCUCUGCGACGCAAAAACUCCAAAUAUUACCAAGUGUUUUUAGUCCAGUUUCUCUGUGUACAACUGAAAUAAGACUAAACUAACUUAACAACUUUAUUUGAAGAGGUGAGCAUAAGACUGACAGGACAUUAUCAUGAAACAUGAAGGAGUCUUCAUGAGUGUUUAUGACGUUUCUAAUGCAAAGUUGGUACUUUUAACGGACUUUUAAAGCAAUUUUGCAUAAAAUCUGUGAUUAUUUACUGAAUGACACUUCAUGACAACAUUCAUAAAAACUUCUUCAUGUUCAUAACAAGCAUAAUGUCAGCCAGUCUUAUGCACAGCCUUCCUAUAAAGUGCUACGCAACUUUUGAGGUAAAUCCAGAUCAGUCUUUCUCAAACUGUGGCUCCCGGACCACUGGUGGUCCGUGGGCGCCUCCUCAAGGUCCGUCAGGUUCAGCAUGUAAACAACCAAUUAUUUUAAGUGCAAUGCUACAGCUAGCUUACCAAAGGAUUGUGUUUGAAAAUAAUAAUGGAUAAAUGGCUAAAGACCAGGCCACUAAAAAUAAAGCUUGAAGAUACCGGUGGAAAGCUCCUCAGGGUGAACUACAGAACUUUUGUACUUUUUUAUGACACAGACAUGCAGAUCUCAGCCUGGGGCUGCGCUGCGUGCGACAUGACGAGACGCUGCGCCCCACGCUGACUACCUGCAUCGUAACAGCUAGAAUAAAAUUAUUUAUGUUGAACUUUCUACUGGCUGAAGAAAAUAUUUGUUUUGCCAAGGCAACUCAAAUCUAUUUUCUUUUAUUAUCCUUCUACAAAUAGCCAAGUUUUUAAUGCGCACAUGACACUUCUAAUAAAUAACGUUUUUGAUUUCCAUGUAUUUUUUAUUAUUGAAAAGCUUAGAAUCCACACAUUAAGAAUCUGAAAAUAACUCAAAACGCCCCGAAUCGACGUAUUCAUGGUUUCCUUGCGGCCAGUCACAUUUACAAAGCAGCGCCACCUUCAGAUGAGGAGGAACAAAGACAGUGAUUAAGAGACGAAUCUUUUGAUUUCAGGUGUCGUGUUGUUGGGGGUUAAUUUGAGAUGCGGUGGUCUGUGAGUGUUUGUUAAAUACGUCCAGUGAUCCUCAGCCUGAAGACGUUUGAGAAACGCUGAUGUAGAAUCUUGUUUUAAGUCAAUCAUUUCUUAGUAUUGAUUUUAAAAUCUAUUGAUUCCACUGGCAGAAUAUUUCACUUAUAAGUGAACUAGUGCUUAUUUUAUAUUAAGGAAUGACUGACCUAAAACAAGCUGCUGAAACGUUACUUGUAAGUUAGUUUUGUCUUAUUUCAGCUCUACUAGGAUAUUUGCACUACAAACCACUAAACACUUGUUAAUAUUUUGUGUUUUUUCACUUCAGUCUGGGUUUUGGUAAAGCUGCUCUGGAGUUUCUCGUCUAGUUUACUUGAUUUUUUUUACUACAUUUGGUUCAGAGAAACGUUUUAUGUUGAAGGUUCUUUAAUGAUUCUACGUAUUUCAUGAAGAUGCUUCUAUUACUUUGGAUCGGGGAUGUGCGCAGGCGCCGCACCGCUAUGCAUUCUGGGAAUAUUGUGGCCUGACCAGCUGUGUUUUGAUAAAACGGUUUUGCACUGAGAUGAGGAGAUGUUUAACCGUAUGGAAAUCAGAAACACUUUUACUGUCAGGUCUGAUGAUUGUUGGUGGUUGGAGUGAGAGACGCAGUGACGGGAAAAAAAGAGAAUAUUAAGAUUAAACUAGACAAAUGAUUUUAUUGGUAGAGAAGUGAUGAGUUGUGAUUUGGCAGUAAGAGGCUUUUAGAGAGUUUUCUUUAAGUGGACCAAAUUUUAUACUUGUAAAAACGGGAGAAUGCAGACGGUGUUUUGAGAGCUGCUAUUUCUGUUUCAAACCCUUAAAAUACGUAAGUUUCAUGCUGUUUGGUGUUUCUGAUUUUUAAUAUGUUCCCGUCUGUAAAAGAAGCCUCCAGCCUCCAGCAGACAUCCUGUGCUGUUUACUGAGAGCUGUGUGUGUUUUGUCUCUGGUUACAGAGCAUGUGUCAAUGUGAAUGAGAGCUAAACAAACAGACUUCUUCAGAUCCGGGAUAAUCUCCGUGUUCAUCGGUUUGUCUGUUUUUGGGAUUCAGUGAAACGUCUGAUUAGGUGAUCAAACCUCAUGGAUAAAAACGUAAUUUUCUCCUCAUGAUGUUGAAGCAUCUUAAUGAUGGUAAACUGCUCAGCUGGGAACAUGAACUUAUUAAAGCUAAACAAAGUUGAAAAAUUGUUAUUUUCUGUGUUUCUUCAUAUUUCUGGUAUCUAAAGUAUUGUUUGGAGUAUGUCUCUAAAACAAUGAGACAGUGAAAGUGUUAGGAUUGAGGACAUCACUGAUGUUUUUCUUCUGCUUGUUUUUUGUUGACGUUAUUAAUUUUUCACUCCCAGCUACAGAACCUGAAAGAGACUUUUAUAGGAAAAAUAAUGAUCUAAUUUGUAUGGAGUUGUGAAAAUUUAAAUUUAAGGGGAAUUAAACUUUUGCAUUUCACUUCUUUUCAAAGCUUCCUCAGAUUUUUUCAUGUUUGUAUUUAAACUCAGCUGGUUUUUCUCUAAAUCAAACAUUUGUUUUGUUAUUAAUCACAUCAGAAAUAUCAAAACCCAAC